AUGAAGAUUAUUCACAUUAUUCUCUUAUUUGCUGCUCUUCUCUCAUCAUAUAUCCCCUAUAUUACUUCUGUUAACAAUGAUUUUUGUGUAGCAGAUUUAUCACUUCCAAACACUCCUUUAGGAUAUCCAUGCAAGUCAGAAAAAGAUGUAACAAUAGAUGAUUUUGUCUUCUCUGGCUUUGUAGCUGGAAACGCUUCAAAAAUCUUUAAUCUUGGAAUAACCUUCGUAAAUGUGGACAAUUUACCAGGUCUUAAUGGACUUGGUAUCUCUACAGUAAGAGCAGAUUUGGGUGUAAAUGGAAGUGUACCAUUGCACUCUCAUCCUGAUGCAACAGAAUUAGUUAUCAUUGUUGAAAGCCAAGUGAAUAUUGGAUUUAUUACACCAACAAAAGUAUUCUUGAAAGAUGCUAAACCUGGUGAUGUUAUAGUUGUUCCAAAAGGACAAUUGCAUUUUCUAGUAAACACUGGUGCUAAAAAAGCUGUUGCUUUUGCAGCUUUUAGUAGCUCAAACCCUAGUGUGCAAACACUUGAUUUACUUUUAUUUGGCAAUGAUUUAUCAACUCAUGUUCUUUCACAGACUACUUUACUUGAUGUUGCACAGAUUCAGAAGCUUAAGGCUGCUUUUGGUGGCAAGAACUAG